AUGGCCGGGAAACUGAUGCACGCUCUUCAAUACGAUUCUUACGGCGGAGGCGCCUCCGCUUUGAAGCAUGUCGAAGUUCCGGUUCCAUCGCCAAAGAGCAACGAGGUUUUACUAAAAGUAGAAGCUACUAGUCUCAACCCUAUUGAUUAUAAAAUUCAGAGAGGAAUGAUCUGGCCUAUUUAUCCUCGCAAGUUCCCCUGCAUUCCUGCUACUGAUAUUGCUGGAGAGGUCAUAGAAGUGGGAUCAGGAGUCAAGAAUUUCAAAGCUGGUGACAAAGUUUUAUCGAUUCUUAGCCAUCUCACCGGUGGUGGUGGACUUGCUGAGUUCGCCGUUGCAAGCGAGAAGCUAACCGUCAAAAGACCGCAAGAAGUAGGAGCAGCUGAAGCUGCCGCGUUGCCUGUAGCUGGUCUAACCGCACUCCAGGCUCUAACUAACGCCGCGGGGUUGAAGCUUGACGGUACAGGCAAGCAAGCGAACAUCUUGGUCACAGCAGCAUCCGGUGGGGUUGGUCACUAUGCGGUCCAGCUUGCAAAGCUUGGGAACGCUCAUGUGACCGCCACGUGUGGGGCUCGGAACAUAGACUUUGUGAAAUCUUUAGGAGCCGACGAGGUUCUUGACUACAAGACUCCUGAAGGAGCCGCACUCAAGAGUCCGUCCGGUAAGAAAUACGACGCUGUGAUCCAUUGCGCUAACGGGAUACCGUUUUCGACAUUCGAGCCAAAUUUGUCUGAGAAUGGGAAGGUGAUAGACAUCACGCCGGGGCCUAAAGCGAUGUGGACUUACGCGGUUAAGAAGAUAACCAUGUCGAAGAAGCAGUUGGUUCCGUUUUUGUUUGUGGCGAAAGCUGAGGGUUUGGAGGUUUUGGUGAAUCUUGUGAAAGAAGGGAAAGUGAAGACUGUGGUUGACUCGAAGCAUCCUUUGAGCAAAGCUGAGGAAGCUUGGGCCAAAAGUAUCGAUGGUCAUGCUACUGGAAAGAUUAUUAUCGAGCCGUGA